AAAUCUAACCCUACGAGAUGACUCUGCAUCUCCUCACCCACCAGACGCAGUUUUGAAAAAUGCCAAGAAGGUAGUCGAUGAUUACUUUGUUGCUCCGCCCGGAAACAUUCCCUUGAUUCCGUCUAAAAAGGAUUGAGCAGGGUCAGCAAGUCAGUAACAGGAACAGAAAGCAAUUCAAAUCAUGGCAAGUUUACUCCCAAAAAUCUUAGAAUCAAGCGGGCAUAGUGGAUUUCUCAAACUGGUUUUGAAAAACAAGUCCGUCGACCACUACAAAUUUUUCCCUGCUGGUGAACUCUUGUGUCAAAACAUCCAAAACGAGUGGAUUUACAGCAAUGUCAUCAGCAGAGACGAAAAUAAUUUCCUCUUUCACUCUGGCGAAUCGUGUUGCUCUUCAACUGCAGGUCUACCGGAACCCUUUGCCCAAGCCCGUGAACUUUGUGACGAACAACUUCCCUUUGGGCUGGCUGAAACCCGCCUUGAAAAUAUCACAAACUUCGAUCCAAUGACGGAUGCAAGUGCCACCAGUGAGAGCAGAUUCUUCAGGCCCAAAAAACACACAUUACUGAGACAUAUUUCUUUUGCUAUGCCCUCUGCUGGACAGCAAUUUUUUUAUCACUGGCAAAGGUAUAGAAAAAUGUGGUGGAGGAAGUUUUCAGCAAAUCCUGGAAGAUUCAGCUUGGAAGAAAGGAAAUCAUCUCAAUUUAACAAUGUAGACUUGGUUUGCAUCAAAGCAGAAUUUCCGUGGGGACAGGAAACCGUAGAAACAAUUCAUAAUUUUGGCACCUCUUUCUUUGAUCAACUAUCCUCCAGUGUUAAAGAAAAAUUCAUGGCCCGAGAAGGUCGGAAGCAAGUCUUACCACAUGUUGUUGAAAGUGUAACAACUUUAGAAGCUGCAUCUUUGCUUUUUUUGUGUGAUGCUUACAAAGAAGUGACCUUACGUGACAAAACCAAAGAAGUUCUCAAAUUGCACCGCAAACUUUCUCCAUUCAAGUUUACCUUCUCCACUCCCCCAUGUACUGUACAACUUGCAGACAACCUCUAUGAGCUAUCGGAACAUGUUGGUAGAAAUUUACGCAAAUCUGGAAUCUCAACCUUAAUCAAGCAAGACUUGGGGAAAAAGUCAUUUGAGUCGCAGAUUGCUAAGAACGACGCCCUAGGAAUACCAUUCACAAUUGUGCUGCGGGAAUCAACCCUGACUGAUGGCAUGGUUGGCGUCCGAAGCCGAGAGACAACUCUUGAGGAACGUAUACAUAUCAGCAAUUUAAAGAAUCACGCAGAACUGCUUGUGAAGAAUUAUUAGAGCAGCCUCCUGACUUUUUAGUCUGCAGUACAUAUUAUCCGUGAGUUAUUACAACACCUUUGUACUAAAACAGCAACUUUGAUGCUUUAAAAAAUUUUCCUCUAAAAGUGGAUUUUUUAAUUUCAAACACAGGAAAUGAUAAAAUGGGAUCCUAUUUUUUCUCCCACUUUCAAGCCUUAUAAUUAUGCUAGGGGAAAUUUUCUUUUAGAAGAGUAAUAUAUUUUUUCUAGAAAUAGAUCUUUUUUUUAUGAAAAAUUUUGACUUAUCCUUUUUCUAGUUCUGUGCGGUAAUUUUUUAUUUUAUUACAAUUUUUUUGUUGUUGGCUAAAAGAAUAAAAAUGAAUUUCAUUAUGAAAAAAAUUCAGGACACUUUUUCAUACCAUGGUGUCUAGAAACUGUACUUACAGGCUUAGUUUUUUGUUCAUCGUUAUGAGACUCUCAUUCAAAUAAAAUUAUACUUUUGUGUGAA